UCAACGCACGAUGGGGUCUCUAUCUCUGAAUGCACCUUGUACAAGGUGUUCCGCGCUUACUCGUGUCGCACUUGACUCGUUUCUUAUUUUAGCGAUGACACUCCUUGGAAGGGCGAAUACGAACCCCCGGUCGUGAAUGCGACGCAUCAAGCCCGCAUACGACUAUCGUGACUGCGGAAUCGAGUUGUGCGAGCCGUACAAAAGCAAGAGAUAUAACAUCUACGACGCGAAGACAACCAUCGGUCUGAAUGCGCCAGGAGGCGGCUUCUGUAACCGCACCAUUAUCAAAGCUAUAAGCUAUGUCCCAUCUCUAUCGACCGUUUACCACGUUAGUCGAACUACUUGCGAUUGGCCACUACUCUAUAAUAGUAUUUAAUUUCGAGGUGGGCCAAUCGACGCUGCUCUGUGGUGCCGACUCUAUUAGCGUAUUUAUAUCUUU